AUGACAUCUGCCGUUUCAUUUGGAAACCAAAAUACUGGGGUCCAAUUGAGUGAGAACCACGGCAAUCUCACUAUACAGCUCCAUCCGCGAGAUGACAGAAACCGUAUUGAGCAGGCUAAGGGCGGGCUUUUGAAAGAUUCUUUCCGCUGGAUCCUCAGCAAUGAAGGGUUUAAGCAAUGGCAAAAUACCCAAAACAACCGUCUCCUCUGGAUUAGAGGUGAUCCGGGAAAAGGAAAAACGAUGCUGCUAUGUGGUAUUAUCGAGGAGUUGACAAAUUCCGUUGACGAGGGCUCAAAUAUCUCUUUCUUUUUCUGCCAGGCCUCCGAUGCGCGAAUUAACAGCGCCACUGCCGUUCUCCGUGGCCUGAUCUAUCUGCUUGUUGAGAAGCAACCCUCCCUGAUUUCACAUGUGCGGAGUCGAUACGACAAGACUGGAAAGGCUCUUUUCGAGGACAAGAAUGCAUUCUAUGCCGUCUCGGAAAUUUUCACUCGAAUUCUGAAAGACCCGACAUUGAAAACCACCUACUUCAUAGUCGAUGCGCUGGACGAAUGCAUGACAGAUCUCACUUUACUUCUUGCCUUGAUCACCCGGGAUUCCUCUUCUCCUUCACAAGUGAAAUGGAUUAUCUCUAGUCGAAACUGGCUUGAAAUUGAAGAGCAACUGGAGACGACGGACCAAACAUCUCCGAUAUCGUUGGAGUUGAACGAGACAUCUGUCUCCGAAGCGGUCGAAAUUUUCAUUCGGCAUAAAGUUGAGAAACUGUCGAAGAUGAAGAAAUACACCCAAGAAAUUCAGAGCACCGUCAGCGAUUAUCUCUCGCUGAAUUCGCAAGGGACCUUUCUUUGGGUGGCGUUAGUCUGUUCGGAGCUCGCCAAGAUAUCGCGAUUGAUAACACUCAAGAGACUCGAAGCAUUCCCUCCUGGGCUCAAUGAUCUGUAUGAUCGGAUGAUGGACCAUAUCCGGUACUCAGAUUCGGUGGAUGCAGAGAUUUGUUUGCGAGUGUUGUCGAUCGUUUCGACGCUGUACAGACCGCCAACACUGCAUGAGCUCAAAGGCUUUCUUGAGGAAGAAGAUAAUGAGUAUGAUUCCGAAGAUGUUUCGGAGAUCAUUGCGCGAUGUGGAUCAUUCUUGACGACACGAGAAGAUGUUGUUCGCUUCGUUCAUCAUCUAGGAAUAAAUUCAGUCAGAUGGUCAAAAGAUGGAAGAAAGCUUGCGUCAGCGUCGGACGAUUUGACGAUCAAGAUCUGGGAUAUUGCUACAGGUAGCUGUAUUUUUACGCUAGAAGGACACACCAAAGCAGUUAAAUUGGUUGCUUGGUCACCAGCAAAAACUGAACGACUCGCAUCAGCAUCCAAUGAUUACACUGUUAGAAUUUGGGACGCGAUAAAGGGUCAGUGUAUUUUCUGUCUUUGCGACGAUGAAAUUCCCAUAUCGAUAACUGGUCCGCCCAUAACUGCGAUUGCCUGGUCACCAGAUGGGAACACAUUUGCAAUAGCUCUCGGGCGUACGAUUGAAGCUUGGAAAUUUUCCACCGAUCAUUCGGAAUUCCUUUUCGGUCUCGAAGGAUAUGCAAGCGAUGUUUAUUCCAUUUCUUGGUCGAAAGAUGGAAGAAGGCUUGCAUCGGCGACUGCUCAUGGGACCAUUGUAAUUUGGGAUAUGUGGCAUCAAGAUCCCUUUUUUUCAAUCAUAGGUGGUCAUUCCCUAGCAGCUACCUCGGUGGCCUGGUCGCAAGAUGGAACACGACUUGCAUCCUCAUCUGAAGAUGUUACAAUCAAAAUCUGGGAUCCAGACACUAGCCACGAUCUCUCAAUCAUUCCCACGCCUACCGAUUUGAUUAGAUCAAUGGCUUGGUCCCCGGGUGGCAAAAUGCUUGCUUUGGCAUCCGAAAAUAAGACAAUCAAAAUUUGGGAUUCAACUACUGGGGAAUGGAUCUUCAAUUUUGAAGAAAAUGAUAUCGAGCCCUACUCAAUCACAUGGUCACCAGAUGGAAGUCAACUUUCAUUGGCAUCAUAUGACAAGAGUCUUAGGGUCUGGGAUAUGGACACCGGGAAAUGUAAAUUGGCUAUGGGAGGAAAUGAGCCUCCUCGUGUUAUAUCACAUGCCUGGUCACCAGAUGGAAAGAAACUCGUGUUCGGAUCAACCGAUGGCACAGUUCAUAUCCGGGAUUUGAACAUAGGAACUUCUAUUCAUAUGCUCCAGGAUUGGCAGCGUGAUGAUGUUAUUCUGGUGGACUGGUCACCGGAUGGAAGCCAGCUCGCAUCCAAAUUAGACAACGAAACGAUUAGGGUCUGGGAUCUAGAGACUUCCCAGUGCAGAAUUACUCUUCGCGACGCAGAACAUGUUGAAGGAUACGACGCGAGCGAUAAAAUUGCCUGGUCAACAGAGCAAAAUCUGCUUGCGUGGUGUCAUGUUGAAGGUUCGGAUAGCACAACUAGAGUUUGGGAUUUGACAACUGGAAAGAUGAUUUAUAUGUGUCAUCAGCCCACCCCACGAACUCACUCUUUCCUCAGCUUUGAUGAUAAGACCCCCAAUCAUCUACACACAUCAUGGGGUUUAUUGGAUAUCAGUUGUGCUGACUUAAAUACGACGAGUCACCGUAUCUCAGCCUACUCUUCUGGACCGUGCGGAUAUAAUCUAAGUGAGGAUGGUGUUUGGAUCACAUACAAAGGGACCAAUAUACUUUGGUUGCCCCCUGAAUACCGAUCUGAUGCUCGAUCCGUGGCCGCAAUUUCCGGAACAAAUAUAGCAAUCAAUUGCCCAUCGCAUCGCAUCAUGAUUAUUCAAUUCGCGGAGCAGAAUCCCAUUGUUCCCCCUUGA